UUUUUUCGCGGCUCCGCCGUUCUGUAUUCUCGCAUUAUUAUUAUUACUCUCGGAUUUAUUAUUCAAUUUUCCGAUUCAAUUCGCUUCCUACCUAGAGAAUGGACGAUUUGGUUUCGUUUCAAGACAACAAAUGGGACCUCCCCGAUUUCGGUUGCUUCGUCGACGACGUUUCUCCCAGCCCCGAUCUUUUAUGUGAUCAUCAUUCCGUUUCCUUGAGAUCUUCAGCAGAAGUGGAUACAUCACAUCAUGGUGCUACAUCUCAAGGAAAUGAAUAUUUGCAAUCAGAACACCAGAGAAAGAGGGGACGCUUGGAUUCAUGCAUUAAAUCGGGAAGCAAAGCUUGCCGUGAGAAAGUUAGAAGACAAAAUUUGAAUGAUAGAUUUGCAGAGCUUUGCUCUGUUCUCGAACCAGAAAGACCUGUAAAAACAGACAAAGUGGCAAUACUUGGGGAUGCCGUUAAAGUUAUAAGGCAGUUAAAGACUGAUUCUCAAGAGUAUUCAGAAGUGAACGAGAAGCUUUUGGAAGAGAUUAAAACUUUAAAGGCUGAGAAGAAUGAGCUGCGGAAAGAGAAAAUGACACUUAAGGUAGAUAAAGAGAGAUUAGAGCAGCAGUUGAAAGCAAUGACUGCACCGCCUGCUGGUUUUGUGCCACCUCAUCCUGCUGUAUAUCAUCCCAGACCUGAUAAUGUCACAGUUUUCCCCAGUUAUGGUUACCUUCCAAUGUGGCACUAUGCAACACCACCUGCCCGUGAUUCAUCUCAAGAUCAUAAGCUCUGGUCACCUGCUGCUUGAUUCUUUUGUAGAUUAUUAUAUGUUCUAUUGGCCUUCAAUGUUCUUGUAAAUAUUGGUAGUGCUUCCCAUUUACAAGCUGGCCUUGUCUCUAACUCCAUUCUUCUCAUUGAAGUUUGUAUAUACUAUAUUUCGUGUUCUAGAUGGAGGUUACUUUAAUUUACAAUAGUUUGGUUUUCAUCAAGUCUUCAAUUUCUUCAAUCAACUGCAAUUGUUUUUUUCUUAUUCUGUCUUUUUUCAUGUCACUCUA